CUUUUUAUUUUUCUGCCCUAUAUUACUCUUGUUUAUUCUACACAAUAACUUAUCAAUUGUUAGCUGGGAUUACAAUUGGUAUCAGAGGAGGUUCUCUUUGAAAUAGAUUUAACAAUCUUGAGUAGAUCCAUGGCUUUCCAAGCUCAUUUUGUUGAAGGUCAUUCAAUCACUAGGCCACCUUAUUUUGAUGGAACAAAUUACCAAUACUGGAAAAAUAGGAUGCAGAUUUGGUUAGAAGCAAAUAGCUAUGAGAUGUGGGAUUGCAUUGCUAGAGGACCUUAUAAAGUGUUAGCUAGAGACAAGGAUAACCAACUUGUUCCUAAGGAUCCUACAUCAUAUGAUCAAGCUGAAAAAAAGAAACUGCAGAUAAAUGCUCAAGCUAAAAAUGCAUUAUUUUGUGCUUUACAUCCUAGUGAAUAUGAUAUAAUUAGUGCAUGUGAUUCUGCUAAGGAAAUUUGGGAUAAAUUACAAGUGGCUCAUGAAGGAACUAAUGAAGUCAAGAAAUCAAAAAUUAACAUGUUGGUUCAAAAAUAUGAGCUGUUCAAAAUGAAAUCAGAUGAAGAAAUUAAAGAUAUGUUUACUCGUUUUACCAAAAUCACUAAUGAAUUAAAGCUCUUUGAUAGGGUGCUUCUUGAAGAGGAUAAGGUCAGAAAGAUUCUCCGUUCCUUGCCAAAAUCUUGGAGCUCAAUCAAGACAACAAUAGAAGAAGCUCAUGAUUUAAGUGCCAUGACUGUUGAGAUGCUGCAAGGGAAGCUCCUUACACAUGAAAUGGCCAUGACAAAUUAUGAAAGUGAUGAUGAUUCUCGGAAGAAAAAAUCCGUAGCUUUCAAAAGCUCCUCCAAAGAUGAAAGUGACAGUCAUGAAGAGGAUGAUGAAGAAUUUAUAGUGCUUGCUCGAAAGUUUAAGAGUUUCUUGAGGAAAGUGAAGCUGAAGAAUCAAGGACAACAAAAGAAAGAUUACAAAAGCAGUAAAGGAAAGGGAGAAAGCAGUAAAAAUGAUGAGAUUAUCUGUUACAAAUGCAAGAAGGCUGGACAUAUUAAAUCUGAGUGUCCAAACAAUGAUGAAAAAAGUCUAAAAGCCAAAAAGAAAAAGAAGGCAAUGGUUGCCACAUGGAGUUGCAGUGAGGACUCAUCUUCUAGUGAAGAAGUAAGUGACAUGGAAGCUCAUAUUUGUCUCAUGGCAAAUGAUGACGUAGAUGAGGUAAAUUCCAUCUCUUCUUCUAAUUUUGAUCAUGCUAGUGAUGAUGAAAUGCCAUAUGAAGAUUUGCAAGAUGCAUUUAGUGAAUUAUAUGAGCAUACUAAACAAAUUAGUGCAAAAAAUGCAUCUUGAAAAAGGGAAAUUUUCUCACUUAGAAAAGAAAACAGUGAUUUGAAA